AUGGGCAACGAUGGUGGUAGCAUUCCAACCCGACGUGAACUUGUCAAAGAGACAGCGCGGAAUCUUACCACCACAGAGCUUAAAGAAACACAGAAAGAGCAUUUAGCACAUCGAUGGUCGUGGUGUCCACUCUCACAUAGACCUCUGCGGCGGCCAGUCGUUUCGGAUUGCGCUGGGCUCUUGUACAAUAAAGAUGCUGUAUUACAAUAUCUGCUGCCGGAUGAGGCGUCUACGCUCAAUAAGGAGGAUUGCGACAAGAUGCUGGAAGGUCGAGUCAAGAGUCUCAAGGAUGUCAUUGAAGUCCAUUUUGAGGUGGAUAUAGAUCAGUUCAUGGACAAGGAAAGGUGGAUAUGUCCAGUCACAUCCAAAGAGCUCGGGCCAGCCGUGAAAGCAGUGUAUCUCGUACCCUGUGGACAUGCCUUCUCGCAUGAAGCUAUCAAAGAGAUGAAGACAGAACAUUGCCUGCAGUGUGAUCACUUGUAUGAAUCUAAUAACAUCAUCACACUGUUCCCCGCUACGGAAGCAGAAAAGACUGGCUUACGAGAACGUAUAGAAGAUCUCGCUAACAAGGGUCUCUCACACUCUCUAAAAAAGGCAUCUGGAUCUUCGAAAAAGCGAAAGGCGAACAAAAUUGCUAGAGAGGAGCAGGUUGCAGCAGAUUCCACACCUCAGAUCACCGAUAUUGCAAAGUCGUCCGCAUCACGAUCGCAAACUUCGACUCCUCUACCAUGCCCAUCUACACCUCUUUCGGGCACAUCCACGCCCAAGCUUCCCAGCGGCAUCAAGAAUGCAACAACUGCAAACUUGACUGCAAAAGUGCUCGAAGAGGAAACCGAGCGGAAGAAAAGACGAUUAGUUAGUGGUGAGAAUGAGACCUUGAAGUCCCUAUUCACGAAGAAGGAUGAUAAGAAGAAGCUUGGAGAUGGAAAUUUCAUGACAAGAGGGUUUUCAAUACCAACCAAUGCUAGGUAUGACUGA